UCCUGUGUUGACGGGUCGUGUCGGCUGAAGAGGAAGAGGACGCGUUUAUUACAAUCGGACAGUUUAUCACCUGUAAUUCACCUCUGCGGUGAAGGUGUCCGGACGGUGCUCCCUCUCCUGGAUCAGUGACGGGGCUGAGACAUGACUGAGCCCGCAGAGAAGAGGCUGAAGAGCAGCCUGCCGCUGUGCAGAGCGCACCGGAGCUCCGCGAGCUGCAGCCGGGCCAGACACAACCUGCAGGCCGCUGUGGAGGAGGCUCUGUGCGGGGUGAGCAGCCUGCUGUGGGACGGAGUGUACCGGCUGCAGGCUCUGGCCAGCGUGUUUGAACGGGACGAUGUCGCUCUGCCCCGCGUCACCUCUUUCUUCCAGCAGGAGGCGCUGAAGCAGGAGGAGGAGGCCGAGGCCAUGCUGGGCUACCUGGCUGAGAGAGGGGGAAGCUACUGUGGCAAAGACGUCCAGAAGCCGAACUGUGAGGCCGUCUGCGCCGUCCUGCCGGCUCUGGAGCUCCUGCUGCUCCAGCUGAAGGAGGAAGCCGCCGUCAUGGUCGAGCUGAGCCAGCUGGCCCGUAACCACGGAGACCCGCACACUGCCAGCAUCGUGAAGAGCGAUUUCCUGACGCCGCGGGUAGACCGCCUCAAACUGCUGGGAGACCUGCUCACCAGCGCCCGCAGGGUGGGCUGCACCAACGACCAGACGGGGGGAUUUGGGGAGUACAUCCUGAACGAGCUGCAGGAGGAGCUGAGCAGAUAAUCGGUCGGAGUCAGUCAGAGGAAGUAUUGAUUGACUAGAAAUGAUUCUCCCCUCUGAGUUCAAUUCCCUUUUGUAGAAGCUAAAACUCAGGAUUUUCUCCAAAUGACCAGAGUGACAUUUUGGCAAAUUAACUUGUUAGCAGUGUCCAGAGUCCAGACAGAUGUUAGUGUCACUUCACUGCCUCCAGUACAGAAAUACGUGUUUAGCAUAGCUUAGCACAAAGACUGGAAGCAGAGGGAAACUGUUAGCCUCAAGCAUCCAGCAACUCGAAAGUCUGAUUUUACAUUUUGAAAUGUUUCCAAUAAAUAUUGUAAUAUUUUCCAUGAAUUACCAUUUCCAUUCAGAACAGCUAGCAACAGUCAAACAGCAGCUAACAGUUAGCAACAGUCAAACAGCAGCUAACAGUUAGCAACAGUCAAACAGCAGCUAACAGUUGGCUAGCUGGAAAGUUGCGACCUUCCCACACCGCAUAAAAUGUUUUUAGAAUUAUGAAAUGAGUCAAUACUUGUCACUGUGAGUGAAGAAGCUUUGAAAUAAAGCAUCUGAGGCGUCCAGGACGUGUUAGCUUAGCUUAGCUUAGCUUAGCUUAGCACAAAGACUGAGAGCCAGAGGAAAGUGUAUUUUAAUAUUUUCCAAAAUUCAGAGCACAGUUAGCUAGCUGGAGAGUUGUGACCUGUCAGAACCAUGUAACACGUUUUUUUAUAAUUGUUAUAUUUGUCACUGCAGAUGUGGAAGCACAUUUGAAUUAAAGCACCUGAGGACGUGUAGCUGAGCUUAGCACAAAUACUGAAAGCAGGGAGAAACUGUUAGCCUAGCUCUAUUAAAGCACCUUAGGCGCCGCACACAUGCUGUGUCUUUAACUGCCUGAAAAACGUAAGGUCAGGCGUUGGGCAAUCUGGAAAUCCAUCUGUAAAAAAAAAAAAAAAAAAAGGAAUUUUCUUUUCUUCCUUUACCUCUGGAGGCACUGCCCGUAGUUUUUUGACUAACGGAAGUGCAGGGGCCUCGG